AUGUCGUUCGAAUUCAAGGAAAAGGGCAACCAGCUCUUCAAGGAAGCCGACUAUGCCGGUGCCGAGGAGAUGUUCUCCCAAGCCAUCCAGAAGAACCCCAAAGAACCAAGCUUCUUCACCAACCGCGCCGUCACUCGCCUGCGUCUCGAGAAAUGGACCGGCGCCGAACAAGACUCGCGCGCUGCUAUCCAGCUGCACGGCGGCCCCAAAGCAACUGCCAGUCUCAAGAGCUCACUAUACCUGUCACAGGCCCUGCUCGAGCUGCAGCGCCCCCAGGAAGCAUACGAGAUUGCCAUUGGCGCCUACCGCGCCAGCCUCAGCGUCAAAAACGCACAGUCCGAGAACCUAUCCAAGAUCGUCCUCCGCGCUAAACAGCAUAUAUGGGCGGCCAAGGAAACGUCGCGGCUGCGUGAAAUGAACGAAACACUCGCAAGCGUCGAGCAACUGAUCGAGGCGGACUUGACACAAUCGCUAGACGAAUUGAAUAAGCAACUGUCCAAUGGCGAGAUUGGCGAAAUCGGGUUCAACGAAGACCAAAAGGCGCUCCGUGGGGAAGCGGCCAAAAAGGUCCAGAAUGUGCGUGAUGCGUUUAAAAGUGCUUCUGGUGGUGAAAUCCAAGAACGGGUCGUCCCCGACUACCUAAUCGAUAACAUCACAUUUGAAGUCAUGCACGACCCUGUUAUGACCGUCUCCGGCCAUAGUUUCGACCGUAUCGGCAUCACAAGGUAUCUCGAGCAGGCGCCCGUCGACCCGGUGACCCGCAUGCCCAUGACGGUCAAGGACUUGCGGCCGAACUACUCUCUCAAGGCGGCAUGCGAGGAUUUCCUCGACAAAAACGGCUGGGCUCUCUACGGCCUAUUCAAGCAGGGAUCCGGCGAGGACUUCUCAAAAGUUGUAGAGCCAACGGGAAUUUUGGAAUGGGAGGCCAAAGCGAAGUAUGCGGCCUGGAAGGAGGUCAAGGACCUCGCCCCGGAGGAUGCGCAGAAGCAAUACACUGAAUUGGUCAACGAGCUCAAGGAGAAAUAUGGCUUGAAGGAAUAA